AUGCAUGUUGUUGAACCAACUAGUGUUGUAACAAAUAUGAUUAAAAAAUCGAAUUCUUAUCAUGAUCCUCAGUAUCAACAACAAAAUCGCAGUAAUCAUCGGCAGCAUACUCAAGAUAAUAUUAUAAUACCUUCAAAUACUACUACUACUACUACGACUGCCACACGUCGUCAUCGUCAACGUCAGCAGUCAUCUAAUCAAAAUGUUAUCCCAUCUGAACGGUGUGCUGAAUCUCAGACUCCCGCUGUUUACAUAAAUUCACAGCAUAUGAGUAAACAGAUGAAAAAGGCCACUCGAUCUCCACAUCGUUCACGUUCUACGCAUUCUCGUGUAUCGUCGAGUAAUAAUAAUAAUAAUACUAACAGUAAAUCUGCUGGUCACUAUCAAACACCAUAUGCUGCUACUAGUCACUCUUCUACUGUCUCAAGUACUCGUCGUCACCUCCGGUCACAACAGGAAGCUCGAAAAUCUGAAGGUUACUCAAAUCACAACAGAAGAAUUCAAGUAACAAUGCAAGAAGCUUCAUUGAUAGCAAUUCAACCGAUUGAUAAAUUGAUUACACCAAAAAGGCCAAUACAUCGGUAG